AAAAGUGAAGUAACAAAUAUGGCUCGUUUCAUGGUGAAGAAUGGUGCAGCCAAGGUUGUGCUUGUAGUGCUACUAGUGCUGACGAGCGUAAUACACGGUGCACCACAGAAGAAACCGUACGAGAAGCUAUCAGCGCUGAAGGCUCGCGCUGAGCAGCUCGUGGAAGCGUCUAAGCAGCAGCCUGCUGCGGGGACCGAAGACCAGCAGCACACGGACGAAAGCGAAGAAACGCUGGAGCAGAUACAGGCCAAAUCGGCCCAGUACGCGUACGACACCUCGGUGAACGAUACGAUCAACGAUCACUCGAUCCAGCGCAAGGAGGAACGUAAUGGGCUCUCGCUGAAGGGUUACUACUCGUAUAGCGAUGGAUUUUUCAAGCGUACCGUACACUACGAAGCGGACGAUAAGGGCUACCGUGUGGUCAAGGAGCUUAGCAUCCCGAUCGGUAAUGGACCACAGGUUGACCCGAACGGUAAGGCCGACGUGUCAUCAUCGCUGACCGGAUCAUAUUCCAUCACUGCCGAUGAUAUUGCGAAACCGCAACGGAAGUCUGCAUCGGACGAGGAUGAAGAUGAAGCGGCGGCAGCAGCAGAGGACGAAGAGGAAGCGGAAGGGGACAGUGAGGAGCAGUAGAGGGGGCUAACUAAGGGCUUCGUGACUGCGCCCCAAUACAGAGCGCACCCAGUAAAUUCAUAAAUGUUAUUUAUCUGAAUCGA